AUGCCGGAAACAACCACAAAUAACGAUGAGAAUGUAUCGACUCCACAAACCAAAACGGUCGAUAUAUUAAAAACAUUAGUCGGGCGAAGGGGGCGAUUAAAAGGUACAAUUACAAAGUUUGGUUCUUGGUUAGCAAAACUGGAAUCAGGAACAGCGGAUUUAACGGUCGCUCAAGUAAAUCAAUUAAAAUUGCGCAUGGAAACGGUUCAUCAGACAUUCCACGAGUUCAAUACGGUACAAGACGAAAUCGAAUUCAUCGAUAACAGUGCGGAUCAAAAAAACUACGCGUCAGAAGUGGAAAAUGCUUACUACGAUCUGGCAGCAGACGGUCAAACAAUUUUGGACAAAUACACAAAAUCAUUCAACGAAACAAAUCGGUCGGAAUUAAAUAGCAGUCAUCACGGUCAAGCGUCACCUUCACAUGUAAAACUUCCAACAAUGCAACUUCCUACUUUCGACGGAUCGUUUGAUCAGUGGAUCAAAUUCCGUGACAUCUUUGAAUCGGUCAUUAACAGCAAUGAAACGCUUAGUGACGUCCAACGGUUUCAAUAUUUGCGCAGUAGUCUUAAGGAUGCGGCAUUGGAAACAAUCAAAUCGCUACCAUUAAGCGCAUCCAAUUACCCGGUAGCAUGGGAUCGGCUGUGCAAACGCAGUUCCGGCGAAGUUCUAUUGUCAACAGCUGUGAUAGAAAUAGUAAACAAAACCGGAAGGCCUGAAAAUUGCCGAGUGCUGUUAGACAGCGCGGCUCAAUCAAAUUUCAUAACAGAAUCGCUAGCACGCAAGCUGCAACUCAAAUUAGAAGACGUGAAAGUCCCAAUAGUUGGAAUCGGUGGAAAAUGCGCAGCGCAAGUGAAGAAACAAGUUACGGGAACGAUCAAAUCAAGGACAACGGCCUUCACUGCAACGCUGGAAUUUCUUGUAAUGCCUGUCAUAAUCGAGAGAUUACCAUCAGCAUGCCUUCCGACAGAUCUCAUCGCCGAACCACCUAACAUUACGCUUGCGGAUCCAAGGUUCAACGAAGCGGCACCCAUUGAUGCACUCUUAGGGGCUCGGCUCUUUUGGAAAUUAAUUUGUGUAGGACAAAUAAAUAUACACCCGCAUAAAGAUUUACUCCUACAAAAGACACAAUUAGGGUGGGUGAUUUCGGGUAUCUUAGAAACUUGUCCAGAGGCAACUAAGAAAACAACCAAUGCUUAUCAUACGAAUGUUGAUUUCAAUGCAUUCAUGGCGAAAUUUUGGGAACUGGAAGAACUACCGUCGAAACCCACACUCAUGACACCGGAAGAAAUGUAUUGCGAAGAACACUUCACAAGGCACGUAACACGGAAUCAACAGGGCAGAUUUGUAGUCUCCUUGCCAUUCCUUGAGACACGUCAAUCAUUAGGCGACUCGGCACAAAUAGCAAAACGCCGAUUCUUCUCCAUUGAAAGGAAGUUAAUCCAAAAUCCCGAAUUAAGAGCACAAUACCGACAAUUCAUGCAAGAGUAUAAGGAUCUUAACCACAUGAGCGAAUUAGCUGACGAUCAAGACGAGGACGGUUACUUCCUACCCCAUCAUUGCGUAACCCGUCAGGCAAGCACUACAACAAAAUUACGAGUUGUCUUUGAUGGUUCAGCAAAAACCUCAAACGGAGUAGCUCUAAAUGAAACAUUAGCGGUAGGACCUACAAUUCAAAGCGAAUUGUUCUCAAUAAUACUAAGAUUUCGGACAUAUUCGGUCGUAUUGACUGCAGAUAUAGAGAAAAUGUAUCGACAGAUAUUAGUAGCUGAAGCAGAUCGGAAAUUUCAGAAGAUUUACUGGCGAGAUGAUCACAAUGCACCAAUAAAGGCAUUCAAGCUCAACACUGUAACGUACGGAACAUCCUCGGCACCCUACUUAGCCACAAAGUGCUUAACGGAAUUGGGAAAGCAAGCAAGAGAGCAAUACCCUAGAGAAGCGGCAACAAUUUGCGAGGACUUUUAUGUAGACGACCUGAUCACUGGUGCAAAUUCCACGGAAGAAGCAAACCAACUUCAUGUCAAUAUUGCACAUAUCUUACAACAAGGUGGUUUCCAACUUCGCAAGUGGAGAACUAACAACGAAGUCUUAAGGCAACUUAUCAAAACCAACGAAGAGGAACCCACACACGUUAUAGCCAACGACGAUGCACAAAAAACUCUCGGAUUAUUAUGGAAUUCACAGGACGAUCAUCUUCAAUAUGCAAUCGACAUCAACCCAAAAUGCAAAGCGACAAAAAGAAGCAUCUUAUCCACUACAUCGCAGCUAUUCGACCCACUAGCGCUUUUGGGUCCCGUGAUUGUCUCAGCAAAGGUAAUGAUGCAAAAAUUAUGGCAAUUGAAACUAGAUUGGGACGAGUCGAUUCCGAUGGAUCUCUACACUCAACUAUUACGAUGA